AAAAACAUGGAUCUUGAGAAAAAAAUCGUACAAAUCGACGAAGAAACAAAAAAAGAGAAAAAACGCAUGGAAGAUAGAGCCAAACAAUACGACAUCCAAAAGAAAAUGACCGAAGCAAGGCUCAAAAUGGAAAUGAAAAAGUCCGAGAUAAAUAAGUUGGAUGGCGAGAUUAUAACCAAAAAAUUGCAAGUUCUGGCUUUGCAGGCACGUGUGGAAACGCUCGACAAUCAACUUGAAAGUUCCGUGAAAGAAUUAAUUGUGCAAAAAAAUGUUUUAUUAGGGAAAUAUAGAAAGCAACACGAAAUUUUCAACGAGUUUAUGGGUAUUGUGAUGGAGUUCGUUACCGAUAAAACAGAAAUCUGCACGAAUAACAACAUGGCUGACAGUUCGUUGCAAAAAGAAUGUUUUAAAAUUAAAGGCGAGAUGGAGGCAUUAAAAAUAUACGCCAAAUUCCAGAAGGACAAAAUCGACGAGUUAAAUAAGUUAAAUUUAGUUUUUAAGUGAGUUCAAAGUUUGUUCUACAAAGUGAUCGAUUGUCUUGAUAAUGUUUAAACAAUAGGACAUGUUGUCGCCGGUGCUUACCUGUGUAAUCAUGACAAAUAAACUCGAAUGGAUGUUUUUUCGCGAAAACGAAACAUUUCUUCAAUCAUUGGAUACGAGAGCUCGUGACAAUGGAGACCUGGUGGAGUGCAACAUCGCUAAAGCCGUCGCCAUGGUUUGCCUUUUCGCGGCCUCCCUUGCUCUGGGCACACUGCCCAUCAAACUGAACGCCUGGCUGAAAUGGGACACCGACGCCAAAAACAACGAGUACGUCAAGUUGCUGUUGUGUUUUGGGGGCGGCGUGUUGUUUUGCACGACCUUCAUGCACAUGUUGCCUGAGGUGGUCGAAGGUAUCGAAGAACUGGAUUUGACAGUGAGCACGAAUUACGAGAUAAAUUUGGCUGAGCUGCUGAUGUGUAUUGGGUUCUUUACCAUGUACUUCGUAGAAGAGUUGGUUCACAAAUGGUUGCACAACAGGGAGGAUAUGAAGGCAGUGAGAAAGAGCAUUUUGAUACGUCGCGGUGAAAACGACUUUAUUGCGGAAUUGGAAAGGAAGAGCACACACAAAGACCACGAUCACAAGAACGAACACAGCCACGUCAUAGCGAUUGACAGUGAUACCACAGUAAAAACAAUAAGAGGUCUUCUUAUAGUCCUAGCUCUCUCCAUACACGAGUUGUUCGAGGGUCUGGCCGUGGGAUUGGAAGGGUCCAGUACCAAUGUAUGGUACAUGUUUGGGGCUGUGAGUGCACACAAGUUCGUAAUAGCAUUUUGCAUUGGUGUGGAAUUGAUGGCGUCCCAAAUGACAACAACCAUGGUGGUCGUCUACGUCUUCACUUUUGCGGUGGUGAGCCCAUUGGGCAUUGGAAUCGGUAUCGCCGUGAAUAAUAUCGACCAUUCCUCCACGGAAACUAUUUCGGUCAUUCUGCAAGGAUUGGCUUCUGGUACUUUGCUCUACGUGGUGUUUUUCGAAAUCCUGCAAGCAGACAAGAAAAGCGGCAUAAAGCAGUUUUUCUCAGUUUUUGUUGGGUUUAUUUUUAUGUUGAUGAUCACGAUUUUAGCUUAAGUAAAGGAUGCAAUCUCAAUAUUCCUUGUUGGUGGAAUAAGUUUUGUAAAAGUAAAUCAUCCCUGUGAUCUACUUUUUGUAUUUUAUAAUAGAAUACGUAUUUUUUGUACUUAGUUAUUGUAAGCAGUAUUUAUUUAUUGUUUGUUUAGAGUUUUGAUUUUGAAUAUAUUUUAUUUAACUAAA